AUGUAUCACAGUAUUAUAAUUUCUAAUAUAUUAAUGGAAGUUGGUUGUAAGUACUUAUAUUCAUGGAUAUAUUAUGAACUUAAGUCAAAUAAUAAAAAUGAGCACACUAAAACUCUUUAUGACCGCGUGACCAACAAAUAUGGUAUAGAGUUAACUGGCAUUCAGUUUUGCAAAGAUUAUAAAGAAGAAAUUAAUGAUGAACAAAUGUUUAAACUGAGUUUCUUGAAUGAAUUGUAUAAAUGUCAUAAUGAUAUGCAUGAUAUUAUAAAAAACAGAAAGGACGAAGUUAUUUGUGAAGCGUUAAAAAAUAUACUGAAUGAAUAUAAAACAAAAUUUGAAGAACGUGUUGCAGUCAAAGAAACAACUGAAAAUAUAAAGAGUUCAGUACAAAGCAUUCCAACAUAUAAAAAUAAUAUUAAAGCAGCUAUAAUAACUACAAUUAUCGUAAUGCUCUUAAUAUUCCUUUUUAUUUUUUUAGUUUUUAAGUUUGCGUCAAAUUCUUCAUAUUUUCAGCAAAAAUUACAAAGGAUGAGAAAUAAAUGGAAAAAUAUUGAUAUUGUAUGUUCCAUAUUGAAACAAUCAGAAAUAAACAGAAAUAUUUCAUGGAAUAAUAGAUAUAAUAUAUCAUAUAAUAUUGACUAA